ACUGCCCAAAUUGAUUGUUAACGUUACCUGUCUACAUUACACGAUAAAAUAUCAUCCCCCGUUUCUGCUUUACUACUGUGAGACAUCAGCAAAUCAAUUCAAUAUGGAUAAGGUUCAGGCUUUCGGCAAGAAUUUCUCUGCCACCUUUUCUCCCUUUGCGACCAGAACUCAGCAAUAUGUGAAGGAGCAGCUUGGGCAGGUCGAGGAUAAGACCGAGCUGCCGCCCGACUACAUUGAGCUCGAGAAGCGUGUGGAUGCGCUGAAGCAGGUUCACCAGAAGAUGCUCCAAGUCACCUCGCAGUAUUCAAACGAAGCUUAUGACUACCCUCCGAACAUUCGUGAGUCUUUCAACGAUCUUGGCCGCACCAUCACCGAGAAAGUGCACCUCUUGUCCAAUGCGACUACGCCGGCCGAGGCUCAAGCUGCUUUCACGGCCCCGCCAACUGCGAAGCCUCAACCAAAGACAUUCAACCACGCCAUUGGCAGAGCUUCCCUUGCGAGUUCCCAGCUCAUCCAGCGCAACAGCGCCGGCGCCGGCGAGGAUCCUCUUGCCAUUGCACUUGAGAAAUACGCUCUGGCUUGCGAGAAGGUCGGCGAGGCCAGGCUAGCGCAGGAUGCUCAGAUCCAAAGCCGUUUCCUGGCUGCAUGGAGCACCACCCUGAACACCAACAUCAACUUUGCAACCAGAGCAAGGAAGGGCGUUGAGAACUCGAGACUGAUGCUCGAUGCGGCCAAGGCAAAGGCCAAGCAUGGCGGCGCGGCCUUUUCCCUCCCGGGUCAGGCAAGGGGUGAUGAGCAUGACGAGGAACACAUGACCGAGGAGCAGCGCGUUGAGAUUGAGCAAGCCGAGGACGAGUUCGUUGGCCAGACCGAGGAGGCUGUUGGCGUGAUGAAGAAUGUCCUCGACACUCCGGAACCUCUUCGAAACCUUGCCGACUUGAUCGCCGCGCAGCUCGAAUAUCACAAGAAAGCAUAUGAGAUCUUGAGCGAGCUCGCGCCCGUGGUUGAUGGCCUCCAAGUUGAGCAGGAGGUGGGUCGUCACGAAUCCUUUGCUGAAUAAGCUAGCUAUCGCAAGAUCCGCGAGGGCGCCUAGAAUGACUUUCUGGAAAAACAACAUUAACAAGAGCAACAACCCGGCUCUGACUCUGACUUCUCGUGGUCGCAUCGCCCGAGGGCUCCGGCCGUUCCCUCACUUUGUCCGGUGAUAUUGUUUGUCCAGUUUACCUUUUUAAACUUUUUACCAAUUUUAAAAUACCAUGCUCCUUCCCCCUUCCCAUUGAAUUUGUUGUUUCUCGGAGGAUUCACGGAUGUGUCGUUAUUUUACCAUCUUGUGUCUUUAGUUGAGGAGAUUCUAUUAUCUAAAUUCACAUUACGCAUUCAGUGCUUUUUUUCGACAAUGCAAAUUCUCAGAUACCGUCCAUGACUACA